AUGUCGGAAGCUGGUGAUAGCACCCACAAGCGCUCAAAGUCGGCUGCCGCCCUCUCCCUCCUCCGAAGAAACCACUCCCGCGGCGACGAAGAUCCCUCCAACUCGGACGAAGGUGCGCCGCUGACGUCGCCCACCUCAGCAGCGACAUCCCAGACAAACAUAUCCAUGGCCCAAAACGCCCCCCGCGGCGUCUCCGCCUCCCGUCUUUCCACAACAUCCCCCUCAAUGGGAAGAACCCCAUCCCACAACAGCCCACCCGCCGGUUUGACUACCAAGAUGAGCAGCGUCGGCGGCAGCGAGAAGGGCGUCUCCCUCGAGCAGUCCGUUCGCAAGUUCCGCAUCGUCGAGGCCCUGCGGAGCGGCGACACGGCAUCCAUAUCCAAGGCCAUACGGGACACCGCCGAGGGCGGCCCAAGAACGAGCAUCUCCUCCAUCAGCACCCUCAGCGGCCCCGGCCUCGACGACACCACCGUCCUGCACCUUGCGAUCCAAUGCGCCGAGUUCCAGGUUGUCGAGUACGUCCUGUCCGACGGUGCGGGCAUCCUCGACGUCAAUGCGAGGGACAAGGACGGCAAUACCCCGCUGCAUGUCGCCGCCAUCCAGGGCCGCACCCAGGUCGUCAAGCUGCUGCUCGAGCAGAAGGACAUCAACGACGCUGUCGCCAACUACAAAGCCCAGCUGCCCAUCGACGUCGCUCGCAACCCGGAUAUCUUCCAGCAGCUGCAGCUCUCGCGGUCGCUGUUUGCCGAGAACAAGGUCAGGCAGAUCCAGAGUCUGAUUGCCCAAAACGACUACAAGGCGUUGGAGAACGUUCUUGAAGAACCCCGCCUCAAGCAGAUCCUCGAUAUCAACAGCACCGAAUUCGCGACCGAACCCACGACUGUCCAGGCUGGCGGCACCCUCCUCCACGAAGCUGCGCGGAAGAAGAAUACCCAGUUGAUCCAGGUACUUCUCCUCCACGGCGCGGACCCCUUCCGCAGAGACCGCAAGGGCAAGCUGCCACAGGAUGUUACGAAGGACGAUGUUACGAGGGCAAUGCUCAAGCGAUCUCCUGCCGCUGUAGCGGCCCAGAGGGGUAUCCAGGAGAAGGCCGUCCUCGGCCAGGCAGCGUCGCAGGGCGCCGGGACUGCCGCCCCUGGAGAUCCGGUGGCAGGCCGCGAGGCUCGCGAGAUGAAGGGCUACCUGAAGAAGUGGACCAAUUACCGCAAGGGAUACCAGCUUCGAUGGUUCGUCCUCGAAGACGGCGUACUUAGUUACUACAAGCACCAGGACGAUGCUGGCUCCGCUUGCCGUGGUGCGAUCAACACCCGUAUUGCCAAGCUACACAUGAGCGCCGACGAGAAGACCAAGUUCGAGAUUAUCGGGAAGUCAUCGGUCAAGUACACUUUGAAGGCCAACCACGAGGUUGAGGCUAAGCGGUGGUUCUGGGCUCUGAACAACUCGAUUCAAUGGACCAAGGAUCAGGCCAAGGAGGAGGAACGGCAGCGCGCCCGUGGUGCCGAGCUGCUGAGGCAAGCAAAGGCUGAACAGGCCGGAAAGGCAUCCGAUCUUUCCAUCAACGAGGCGCCGAGUGAAAGCGCCAGCGUUGCCGACACGAGAAGAAGCAGUGUGCAAAUCCCGAGAUCCCAAUCGCACACCAAGAUGUCGGUACCGAAGAGCGAAUUUGCAGGGGCCAGCACCAUUGCCGACGACGAAGAAUUCGCCGACGCCGCCACGGAUGCGGGAAUGUCACGGGCUGCUGGCAACGGCCACCACAACCCAGACGAUGACGACGAUGAUGAUGAGUUUGAGGAUGUCAGUAGUCGCGAGGAGCCCACAGUCAGCAAGGACGCUUUCAACAUCACGGCCCAGUCCGCCAAGCUCCAGCUCGACACAAUCUCAGCGGUCAACGCCGCCAUGCUCGCUGAAGCCUCCAAGAAUCCCAACACCACGGUGUCCGACGCAAAGGUUGCGCAGGCGCUGUCAACAUACGACGCCGCAGUUAGGAGCCUGACGGGGCUUGUCGGAGACCUCAUGCGCAUCUCAAAGGACCGCGACGCAUACUGGCAAUACCGCUUGGAGCGCGAAACCGACAUGCGCCGCAUGUGGGAGGAGAGCAUGGCCAAGGUAGCCAAGGAGCAGGAGAUCCUGGAGGAGCGUGUUGACCAAGCCGAGCAGAGGCGCAAGGCCGCCAAGCGGGCCCUUCGCGAGGUUAUGAACGAUUCGCCUGCUGGUGCUAACCAGAAGGAGCCUGUGGAUGGCACGACGAAUGUUGAGGCAGCUGUUGGAACCGACGAUGACCUCGCGGUCGCGCCCAAGUCACCCGAGAGGAAUCUCAAUAGAAAGAAGUCGGCAAUCGUUCUCUCUGACUCGGAGUCUGAAGAGGAGGACGAGUUCUUCGAUGCUGUUGAUGCUGGAGAGGUUGAAGUCAGCGAGCUGCCGCCAUCCGAGGCCGUGACGUCUCCUCAGGAGGAAAAGCAACAACAGCUUGUUGUCUCUAGCGGCGUGGAUAUUAGCAGUUCGUUCAAGGGCUACGAGAAUGGCAUCAGAACCAAACUCAAGAUGGACGCCGAUAACCGGCCCAAGAUUUCGCUUUGGGGUAUUCUCAAGUCAAUGAUUGGAAAGGACAUGACCAAGAUGACUCUGCCGGUAUCUUUCAACGAGCCAACCUCGCUCUUGUACCGUGCCGGUGAGGAUAUGGAGUAUGUUGACCUGCUGGACCAAGCCGCGGAGCGUUCAGACUCGAUUGAGCGUCUGCUUUACGUGGCAGCAUUUGCCGCUAGUGAGUACGCAUCGACGAUUGGGCGUGUCGCGAAGCCUUUCAACCCCCUCCUCGGAGAGACGUUCGAAUACGUCCGCCCGGACAAGAACUACCGCUUCUUCAUCGAACAAGUCAGCCAUCACCCGCCUGUUGGUGCCGCGUGGGCCGAGUCCCCUAAGUGGACCUACUAUGGAGAGUCAGCUGUCAAGACCAAGUUUUACGGAAAGUCCUUCGACGCCAACCCUCUGGGAACGUGGUUCCUCAAGCUGCGUCCUACAGCUGGAGGCAAGGAAGACCUCUACACCUGGAAGAAGGUCACAUCGUCUGUCAUUGGCAUCAUCACCGGCAACCCGACUUUGGACAACUAUGGCCCCAUGGAAGUGAAGAACCACACGACGGGUGAGGUAUGUCAGAUGGAGUUCGUACCACGCGGUUGGAAGGCUUCCAGCGCGUAUAAGGUCACUGGCAAGGUGCUUGACGCCGAUGGCAGGGUGCGAUACAGCAUUGGAGGCAGAUGGAACUCCAAGCUGUACGCUCGCUUCUCACCGGGAUACGAGGCCAACGUCGAUGACCCUGGCGAUGCGGCGUCCAUUGGAAAGGGUAGCCUCAAUGACCCGAACAAGGCGUUCCUCAUCUGGCAGGCCAACCCCCGCCCGCCCAACAUCCCAUUUAACCUCACUCCCUUUGUUCUUACGUUUAACCACAUCGACGACAAGCUCCGGCCAUGGAUCGCGCCUACCGACUCGCGUCUGCGUCCAGACCAGCGCGCCAUGGAGGAUGGCGAGUACGACUAUGCGGCUGAGGAGAAGGAUCGCCUCGAGGUGGCACAACGUGCACGCAGGAAACACCGCGAGGAGAAUGGCAUCGAGUUCCACCCCGCGUGGUUCGAAAAGACGACGUGCGAGAUCACGGGCGAGGAGUACUGGAAGUUCAAUGGCAAGUACUGGGAGCAGAGAGAGAAGGCAGGACCAGAGGGAGAUCCCAAGGCCGCCUGGGACGGAUUGGAACCCAUCUACGAAGAUGCGCAGUAG